CACAAACCCAUAAAUUUCCAAAAUUUAUUUCUUCGUUUCGUUUGUGAAAACCCUAAAUUUGAAAAAUUCUUAGCAUUAAAUCUCUGAUCCAUGGCUUCUCGUAGGCGCAUGCUUUUAAAGGUCAUUAUCCUCGGUGACAGCGGGGUUGGCAAAACUUCUCUGAUGAAUCAGUAUGUGAAUCGUAAGUUUAGUAAUCAGUACAAGGCUACGAUUGGGGCGGAUUUUCUGACUAAGGAAGUUCAGUUUGAAGAUAGGUUGUUCACAUUGCAGGUUAGAGCAAUAUGCAUAGCUUUUCUCAUAUUGAUAACUUGUCAUUUUUAUUUAUUUAUGAAUAUGUAUGAACAAGGUCUGAAUAAUGGGGUAUCUAUUUAUUAACAUUUCAUUAUCGUC